AUGAACAACUUUAUGGUUAAACUAAAAGGAAAUGAAAGAUUAAAUAAUGAUAUAGAAUCCGUUUUUAUAAAAAAUUUCUAUAUACAAAAUAAUUAUGAAGAUGAAUUAAAUGAAAAGAAAAAAAAUAUUAAAUAUAUAUUGACAGAAAGUUAUGUAAAUGAAUAUAUUAUUCCAUUUUUAAUUAAAGAAGAAGGUGAUUAUUAUUACGUAUUAUGUGAAAUCAAUUUAUCUUCUUUUAAUGAAAAAAGUGAUCAUUCCUUUAAUAAUAUUUUAAAUUUAGAAUUUUACUCAUCUCAUAUAUAUUUUGAAGAUAUAGAAAAAUGUCUAUACAAAAUCAAAACAAAUGUACAAAAUAAAAAAUAUAAAGAAUUUAACAUAAAGAAUAAAAAUGUAUUAUUGUUACAUGGAGAUUUUAAUUAUAUUAACAACAAUAAAGUAAUGAAAAAAGAUGGAAAUAAAAUGAAAGAAUUAUAUAAUUACAUAAAAGAAAAUGAACAUAAUUUAAGUGAUUGUUUUAAUAAUAUGGAAGGAAGUUUUAUUUUAAUUUAUGUUCAAUAUGAAAAUGAUAAAGUAAAUUUUAUUUUUUUUAAUGAUCAAUUUGGAAAAAAAUCUUUUAUGUUUUUUCAUUUGAAUAAUUCUAUUGUAUUAACAAAUAUGUAUGGACAUUUUAUAAAUUAUGAUUUUAAUUUUAUACGUUUAAAUAAAGAAAAUUAUUUAUUUGAUCAUAAUUCUAUAAAGGAAGAAUUUAAUUUAAUUAGUCAUUCUGAUAUUAUUCAUAAGAAAUCAUUUACAAAUGAUAAAAUUAUUCUUUCAUAUGAAAAUAUAAAAGUAAAAGAUAAAAAUAUUAAUAGUAUUAAUGAACAAAUAGCUAUUAAUAUAAGACCACAUUUUAUAUAUAAUUUAUUAAUUCAAAAAGACAAAGUUAUAUUAAAAAAUAUAAAGAAAACAAAUUGUAUUUAUAAUAAUUAUUAUGAAUGGAAUAAUAAAAAUAUAUCAUUAAAAGAAAAUUUUCAAUAUAUAUUAAAUUUUUUUGAAAAAAAUAAUUUUUUUGAUGGAUUUAAUAAGGAAGAGCAAAUAUAUUUGAAAGAAACUAUUGAAUAUUUAGUAAAUGAAAAAAUGAAAUAUGAAAAAGUUGAUUAUGAAAAAAAAAAAAGAUAUGUAAAUAAUGAAAAUAUAUUCUUAGAAACUAAAAUAAAUAAUAUUUUUAUAAAUUUACAUAUGGCUUUGUUAAAUAAUGUAAUUAAAAAAAAAAUAGAGGAAUUAUUUGAAUGUACUGGCGAAAAUGAAAUUGAUAAAAACAAAGCUGAUGAAAGUAUGGAUUAUUUUUUUAAAAAAAAUAUAAAUGAAAAUUUAAAAGAAGAUGAAAAAAAAAAAUCAGUAGGAAUAUUAUUUUCUGGAGGAAUAGAUUCCACCCUAUUGACAAUUAUAACAAUAAAAAAUUUUUUUCGUUUUUAUAAAAAUGGAUACAUUGAACUAAUUAAUGUUGCUUUUAAUGAAAAUGCAGUUGAUAGAUAUACUUCUCUUUUAUCUUAUGAAAAGAUAAUUAAUUUAUUUCCUUAUUAUGAUAUCAGAUUAGUAUUUAUUGACGUUUCACCUGAUGAAUUAAUAAAAUAUGAAAAAAUAAUUUAUUCAUUAAUUUCACCUAAUAAUACUACAAUGGAUUAUAAUAUUUCUUCAGCUUUAUUUUUUGCAAAUAUAGGUAGAGGUUAUAUAUGCCCUCCUUCCUUUUUUAAAUCAAAUGUAUGGAAUACUAUGAAAAAAAGUAUUUUCCAUAUUUUCAAUAUCAAUUUAAGUAAGCAAAUGAAUAAAAAUAAUUUGAAAGAAAAUAAUGAAAAAUAUCAUAAAGAAAAAGAUGAAAAUGAAGAAAAUAAGACAAAGAAUAUAAAAAAAAAGUGUAGUGUUUGUGAGUUUGUAAUGAAUAAAAACUGUAUCCAUAAGUGCUGUUCAUCUUGUUGUAGGAAAUUAAGAUACAUAUAUUUAAAUGAAUUUUCUUUAAAGAAAAAGCAAAACAUAGAAAAGGAAAUUUUUUCAACAUUUAGUAAAGAUGUAAUUAAUAAUGAUAUGAACUUUUUCAAAGAAGAGAAAAAUUCUAUUGAUAUAUAUGAAGUAAAAUAUGAUAAAAAAACAAAUAAAAAAUUCAUAUAUUUAUUAAUUAAAAAGAAAAAGAUAUUAAUUGAUUUUGAAAUUUUUUCUGAAUGUAACAUUCAUAAGGAAAAAUUGUAUGAUUAUAAAAAAAUAGGUACACUAUUUUUUGAGUUUAAUAAAGAAUUAGAAGAAAAAAAAAAACAUGGGAAAAAUAAAUUUAAAACAGAUUUAAAUAAUGACAACAAAAAAAGUGAAAUUGAAGAUGAAGAAGAAAAUGUAAUGAAUUUGAAAGAGAACGAUGAUAAUAGAAUAUUAAAUAAUGUAGGAAUUAAUAAAAUUGGAAAAGAUAAUUUCAUUGAAUAUUUUGUUUCAAAAAAAUCAGAUCAAAAUAUGAAUGAUUUUCAUAAAAUAGAAAACUUAUUUUCUGUAAAAAACAAAAAAAAAAAAGGAGAAAAUAGUAAUAAUAAGAAUAAAGAUAAAAUUUUUUUUGAUGAUACUUUUAAAAAAGAAGAAGAAUGUUUAAAUUUUUUGAAUAGAAAAUUAUAUAAUCAUGAUAAUAGAGAAAACAAAGAAAAUUAUGAAUGUAAUCAUAAACUACUAAUAAUAGGCAGUGGUGCUGAUGAAUUAUAUGGUGGUUAUUACAGACAGAAUAAUUCAAAUACAGACAUUAGCUUAGAUGCAAAUUUCAAAAUGAAAGAAAUGAUUAAAGAUAUCAAAAGAUUGUGGAUUAGAAAUUUAUAUCGAGAUGAUAGAAUUUUAAGUUUCACUAGUAUAUCAAGGAAGGAUAUUUUUUAUCCAUUUUUAAAUAUAAACUUAGUUAAUUUUUUAUUUUUAUUAUCCUUUUAUAUAAUAGAAUCACCUAUACAUAAUUUGGACUCAUUAGAAAAAAUACAGGAUGACGAAAAAGAAGAAUCACAACUUUUAAAUAUUACGGAUAUUUUUCAAAUAAAUAGAAAAAUAGAAAAUGUAGAAAUUAAAAAUGAAAAUAAAUUAUAUAAAAAAAAUUUUCAUUUUUUAAUGGAAAACUUAGAAGAGUGUUAUCAAAUAUAUGAAAUUAUUAGGAAACAUAAAAUUAGCAAAUGGAUUCUAAGAAUGUCAAUCUUUUUUUUAAAAAUUAAGGAAGUUAUGUUUUUUAAAAAAAAAGCUAUCCAAUUUGGUUCAAAAGCGAAAAAUAUAAAAAAAUAUAUGAAAGAAUCUUUGUAUCAUUUUAAUAACAAAGAAGAAAUUAUAUAUAAUAGGAAUGACAAAAAAGGAGACGAUUAUUACACUCUUUUAUCUUAA